AUGGAGGUAGCCACAUCUCAUCAAUUAGCCUCUGAACUAUCCAAUCAAAACUUGGAGGAGGUAGCUGAUCAGAACUCUGGGGUAGCCACAUCUCAUCAAUUAGCCUCUGAACUAUCCAAUCAAAACUUGGAGGAGGUAGCUGAUCAGAACUCUGGGGUAGUUCAAUGGCAUCAGAGCUCUGAAAUAGAACCUGUACAGGAAGCAAUGGAAAGAAGAAAAGAAUUUCAAAGCAAGGAGGUCCAGUUGAAGAGUGGAGUCACACUCAACUCGCAAGAAAACUGCGUGAUCUGUUUACGGGAGUACCAGGAAAUAGAAGAUCCAGAAAGCUUAUUGGUCAUUUUCCCUGGUUGUGAACAUGUCUUCCAUUACACCUGUCUUAAGGAUUGGUUCAAUGGAAGGCGGGUGAUCAAAUCCCUGUUCAUACAUGGUAACAGUUGUCCUAUUUGUCGUAAACUGGCUCCAACUAAAAACUACUCUAAAUUCCUUGGCACGGCGCUUUGCGGUUCCGCGGUCUUAAAAAUUACCACAUAUUUUGAGACGGAAAUAGUUCAAAUGGGUUCUGGAAAACUUGUGAUCGCUUGA